AUGCGGCUGAAGACCUCAAAGCUGUUGUUUAACGAGCCUGUUGAUGCUGUGGCCUUGGGGCUCGACGACUAUAACGACAAGGUCACACAGCCAAUGGACUUCGGGACGAUUAUGAGCCGGAUGUCACAAGGAGCAGAUGUUUACAAGAAGCCUUCAGAAGUGCUUCGCGACGUCAAUCUUGUUUUUCAGAACUGCUUCACUUACAACGACAGCGAGGCCGACACCGUAACUCGCGAUAUCUGCUCCGAAGUUCAGAGCACCUUCCAUAAAAAGUGGACAGAGGCAGGACUCAGCCUGGAAUUUACGGAAGAAUUCAGUCAGCAAACACCGCCCUCUGCUGCGAAAUCGGCCAAGAAUGGUGCCAUCACCUGGAGUUCCGAAACAGCUGUGCCUCCCGAGCUGUCGUACGAGGAAGGCAGCAAGAGGGAGAAGGUUUAUGUGAGGACUGGGCCUGUCCUCGACUGGACCAUUGACCGCAGCGAUCCUCUCUCUGUGUGGAUAGUGACGGGGAGCAGCUGGUACAGGCUCCACACGCCCGCGCCUGCCUACGCGAGCACAUACACCUCAGCGCAGCAGAAGGUGGAGAUGUGCGCGGUGGCGCUGCAGAUGCUGGAGCGCAAUGCCAAGCUGAUGCCCAGGACUGCCGCCACCGCAGCAGCAGCCGAGCUGGGCCUGGACGACGAUGACGCUGACAUCUCGUUCGCUGAGGAGCAGGUCUCCACCUGGACACAGGCGGAUGAUGUGCCAUCGGCAGCCGCCGGGCAAGGGGCGGGCAAAGGACGCAAGCGCAAGGCAGAGGGGGCCGGCAAGAAGCAGUCUGGCGACCAAUUCGCUCUCGGCCCAGGACAGCCGACGGAGAAUGGGGAUGAGGGCAUCGAUGAAGAGCUUGAUGUGGAGCUGGACGACUCUGAGGAGGAUGAUGGGGCCAUCGUCCGCAGGAAAAAGAAGCGACGACGUAAGAGGAAAAGCUCGGGCGCUGAUGGGCUGGGGGUGGAAAACGGGGGCACCCCUUUGGGCCGGAAGGGCAAGCUGGCGGCCGCGCGAGAGGCGGCCGCGGUGGAGGCGGCGGCAGAGCAGCGCGGUCGGUCCAAGCGCGAGCGCGCGGCCGACGCCGAGCGCGGGGCGCCUCCGGAGCCGACGCGGAGCUUCCGGCUUCCGCAGCAGUUGCUGCCUGACCUGCUCGCUGUUUGGGAGCUGCUGCAGACCCUGGCACCCGUCCUGCAAACGCCAUACCUGCCUCUGUGGCGGCUGGAGGCGGCCGUGUGCCCGGGCCCCAUCAAGGCAGGCGUUCCUGCUGUGCCCGGGUUUGAGGAGCCAGGAUCUGUUAAAGCGGGGGAAGAUGGCGAGGCAGCCACAGAAGCCACCAGGAAGUCAAAGCGCAACCGUGAGGAUGAGGCAGAGGAGGCGGAGACGCCAAUAGCGACGCCCAUCAAGCUGCGCAUCAAGAUGAGUGCAGGGAAGCACAAGGACAAGAAAACACCCUCAGGCUCGGCCGCACCCACUGGGGGCGUGGCGUAUAUUCCUCCCACAGACGAUGCUGGCUUGGCGUCUGGGCUGGUGCUGCGGGAGGUGCACUGCGCGCUGUUGCGCGGCGCCGAGGGCAAGGGCCUGAGCGCGGAUGGGGCCGAAGCCCCCCGCACCGUCAAGCUGGCGGCCGCCGACGCGCUCGCCACCACCUGGAUCGGCCGCGUUAGCAAGGCCGUCCUUGAUGCACCGCCCUUUGCUGUGGACGACGAUGCGCGGGAAGCUGCAGUGCACCUGGCGUAUGCGGAGUAUGAUGACCUGAGUGUGCUUGAGCGUAUCGCCAUCCUGCGCGGCCUGUCCGCCCUGGCCCUGAGCGCCGAUGCUGUGCGUGACUACAUCGCAGCGCGCCUCGAUGCCAUGCCCGCACCGGUGAAGCGCAAGAAAGAGGAUGGGGACGCUAAGGAGGGUACAAAGGAGGAGGAUGAGGCGGCCAAGAGCGCUGCGGCGCCGCCGGUGCCGGCAGCGGGGCCGUCCAAGAAGGCGGCGGCUGCGGCGAGCGCGGCCGGGUCGGCGGAGGAGUGGGAGCGGUGGAUGGAGGCGUGUCGCGUUGGCGUGCGCCGGCCGCUCGGCGCGGAUUUGCACAGGCGCCGCUACUGGGCCCUGGGCGGCCGCGCCUCCGCAUGGCGUGUGUAUGUCGAGGAGCCUGACAGCAGCCUCUGGGGCUGGUAUGAAGGCGACAAGGUGGUGGAGCUGUUGGAGUGGCUGCGCAAGGGCGCCAUCGAGCGCGAGUCGCCGCUGCUCAACGCGCUCGCGCAGGCACCCCUGCCGCGCAAGGCCGGCGCACCAUCCCACAACCAGAACAUCGCCGCCCCCGCAGGCGAUGAGGGCGCGGCUGCGGUGCUGACGGCUGCAGAGCUGGAGGCGCGGCGCUGGGACGGGUACAGGGGGAUGGUGGCGCCGCAGCUGCGCGGCGAGGGUAGCUGGCCCAAGGCCUCCCUGCAGGCAGCCUUUGAGCUGCGCAUGCAAGCCGCCGUCGACGCUAUGCUCAUGCGCGUCCCCUUCUGGUUUGCGGAGGAGGAUCAGGUGCAGCGGCUGCUGGGAGUGUAUGAUGCGAUGAGCUAUGCGCGGACGCCGAGCGAGAUGGCCAAGGCGCUGCUCAAGGUGGAGGCGCUUCUGACAGCGGCGGCCGCCAUGGGCAAGGCCUGGUACAAGCACUGGCAGACCAACUGGCAGCGCGCUGCCUCCUACUGCGUCGACUGGAAGCACGCCCUCCUCCUCACUGCAACCCUGCAGGUGCACCAAGGCCGGGACCGCAAUGCGUUUUCGCGGCCGGCCUUCAUGCGCAUAGCGGCGGAGGAGCACUGCCAGCUGUACUUCCCCGAGCACGGCGAUCAGGUGGUGCUGCUGCGCACAGGGCUGCAGUUCCACCUUAAGAAAUACAUGCAGACCCUGGGCCUGGCCCCCUUGGACCCCCCUCCCCCGCCCUCCCCCGGCAAGGAGGAUCCCCCGCCACACACGGCAGAGUCCUCCCCAGCUCCAGACACGCAAGAUGAGGAGGAGGCAGCAGAGGAGGGAGAGGAGGGCGAGGAGCCCAAGGCGGUGCAGGUGCCCCAGCAGCUGGAGCUGUCCCUCCCGGAGGACAUCAAGGACGAGGUCAAGGCCCAGUGGGAGGCCCUGACAUCCUCUGUGGACUCCCUGCGGCCCAUCGAGCGCUACCAAGUGGUCGGCAUCGCCUAUCGCAGGACGAUGCUGGAUGGGAGCGCUGCAGGGCCGCUGCUGGAUGGGUUCAGCGAGGAGGAGCUGCUGGCUGGCGGCGCUGCCUGGCCCUGCACCUGGAUCCUGCUGCAGCCCUCCAGCAGGGGCCCCCGCCACCAGUCCCCCGUCCAACCCAUCGCUGUGCCCCUGCGCACCGACAAUGCGCUGCCGGACUAUAUGGUGAAGGCGGAUCUGUUUGACAAGGGCAUGCACCGCAUGUGGAGCCCGGGUGACAGGUUCCGCAUGUACUUUGGGGGAAGGGCAGGCUCCAAGCAAGGGGGGGUCUACUAUAGGGGAGUGGUGUCGGAGGUGUUCCAGCAGCAGCCGGAGCUGGAGGCGCCGGAGGGUCAGUGGGCGGCAUACGACCCCUGGGAAGCCGUUGAGGUCGCUUGGGAUGGCAAAAGCGGCGGCUACGCAGGCCAGCUGGAGUGCGUGAACCCAUGGGAGCUGGAGAUGGACCCAGACUUUGAGCGCACAGAGGAGGAGCGGCAGCGCGAGCAGGACGCCGAAGCACGAGCACUCCGAGCGCAGGCCAUCGCCCUGCGCAGGCACGCCACCCUCCCAUCUGCUCUUGUCCCCAUGACUUGCCUGGCUUUGAUACAAUGGGAGGCUGAGGAGAGGGCGGAGGCUGAGAAGUUGGCACUGGAGAGAGCAGCGGAGGAGAAGGCCGCAAUGGAGAAGGCCCUUGCGGAGAGGGAGGAGCGCGCGCGAGCGGCUGCCACGCCCAGGCGCGCCUCGGCGGCGGCCACGGCCUCCCCCGCAGAGUCCGGCGACUCGGGCCCGCCCCUGUACAUGCCUGUGCAGCACCGCCCCGGCGACCAUGGAUCUGUGCCCUCUGAUGUGCUGGACAUGCUGAAGCCGCUGGGCAGGGAGCGGUUUUUGACGCUGCUGACCAACUGGAUGCGCGGCGUGCACGGUAAGUUCAAGGUGCCCAUCUUCGCGCACCAGGAGCUCGACCUUUACCGCGUGUUCUGGUCCGUCAUGGACAAGGGCGGCUAUGAGAUCGUCAGCGCCAACAAGCAGUGGAAGGAGGUGUGUCGCUGCCUGGGCGUGGACCUGCGUGGCCAGACGAGCGCGUCCUUCAACAUGCGCCAGAACUAUGAGCGGUGCCUGUUCGAGUUCGAAGACUACCUGUCGACGGGCGCGUAUAUCGCCGACAUCAACGCCGGCCGCGCGCCGUCGGCCGAUGCCAUUUUGCCCUUCCAGCCGCGCCACCCCAUCGCCUCCAUCCCUGUGCCGGGCGUCGCGCCAACGCGCCACACCCCCGCUCCCCGCGCUUCAAGUCCCCAGGAGCGCACCGUCACCACCCGUGGAGGUGAGGGCAGCAACAGGCGGGUGAGCUAUAGGGACAUGCUAGUGCACGACGAUGAUGACGAGGACGCUGACAUGGACGUGGACGACGGCGAUGACUCACCCGAGGCCACGCCGCCCCCCGUCCUGCGCCGGCCGGGGAGGAAGCCGAUGGGUGGCAGGGUGGCGACGCGGCGCUUUGGGCCGGCGCUGCACGGGCAGGGGCAGAACUGGGUGGGCAAGCUGGUGCUGCGCUACUGGCCCGACCAGGGCGGCUGGUGGGAGGCCAAGAUCGGGGAGUACUCCGCCUCGCGCUCCAAGCACCGCCUCAUCUAUGAUGCAGACACCGACAAGGAGAGCUUCGAGUGGGUAGACUUCAGGGAGCUGACGGACGAGGAGAUCAAGCCUCACUCGCUGCACCCGCUGCCCCUGCCAAAGCCUUCUGCGCCUGUGCAUAUGCCCAUGCUCAGUUCGCCCCUCACAGUUGCCCCAGUCAUUGUUCCACCUGUUCCAGGCACCACACCAGCUCAGAGCGCGGCAAUGACGGCCAUCGUGACAGCGUUGAGGGCUGGCCUGGAGCGAGAAACGCUGCAGAGGAUGGUGGACGCAGCUGAUAGCGCACUGCGCCUGACAGACGAGCAGCGCAGGCAGGCCGAGGGCCCUUCGCCUGCGCAGCUGCCCAGCGCAGAAGCAGCCGCCCCGCUUACAGAGGCAGCGGCUGGCCCGUCGCGCGGCCAUAGCAGGGCGGCAUCUGCAGCGGAGCCGGGUGAGGGUGGGGAGGGGCCCCACUCACGUGACGGGGAGUCGGCGGGCGUGGACAGCGGUGCAGCAGAGGCGCGGCCGAACGGCGGAGUCGGGCGCAUCUCGUUGCGCAUCAAGAUGAAGGGUGGGGACGCCUCAUCCUCAGACUUGCGGGAGAGGCUUCCACGCAAGAGGGGCUUGGAGGCAGCGGAGGGAACGCCCGAGCCAGAUGAAGCCGAGCAGCAGCAGCCGCGCAAGCGGCACCGGCUGGCAAUGGCAUCCAAAAGCGCGUCGCCCGUCUCGCCUGAUGCAGCAGCUGCCAGCCAAGAUGCUGAUGAUGUUGCUGAGCCGGCCAGCCGCGAGGGUGGGUCAGUUCAUGGCAAUGGCACUGUUGAGGCCGGGCCCGAGGAGGAGGUGGCAUCGCCCAGGAAAGAGCAGCCAGACAGCCACAUGUCAGACGCUGCGGUAGAGGGGGAUCAUGCAGGGUCUGGCCAGGAUGGAGGGGAGUCACUGGAAACAGCAGAGCUGUCCAGUGAGCCGGCUGAGCAGCAGGAGGGAGUUGCUGAGGAGGAGGAUCGGCAAGCGGGCCCAAUGGAUCAUGGUGGUAAUGAGGAUACAUCUGCAGGCGAUGUCAUGCCAGAAGGGAGGGAUGCUGCGCAGGAUCUAGCUGCAGAAGAUGGUAAGACGCCUCCGGAAGAUUCUGGACCAUCGGCUGGCGUGGCAGGGAAUACCGAAGCUUCUGAUGGGGAAGGUGAUGCAGCAGAUCACAUGGGCGACAGUUAGGCCCAUGAAUGCAUGGGUCAUUGACUGUGAACUUCGUGUCGCAGUUGGUUGAUGCUGAACGGAUGCACAGUAGGAGUGACAUGAUACUAUCUCUGCUGGUGCUACCUGGUAGCCUGACAGUCUUGAGGAAAAUUGUGCUGGGACACUUGUACCACCAGCAUGUACAGCUCCAUGCUUGUUUUUGGCAUGAGGUUAUGUUUUGAUGGGUAGCAUUCUCUUGUAUUGUUGGAGCCUGUUCUCAACAAAACAGCUGCAGCCCAAAGUCCACCACUGCGCCUUGUGCACACGUGUAGAUGGCAUGCUCCAU